AUGAGGAGGGCGGGGCUCACCGGGCAGGGCCAGGACAGGACGGAGCUCGAGGCCACGGCCGGGAUGUUUGGGGAUGGGGGAGCGGCCGUGACCCUGCUGGAGUCCGGGGGGGACCUCCAGCCCCCCGGCGGGUCCCUGCGCCUCCUCUGCCGAGGCUCGGAUUUCACAUUUGGGAGUUUUGGAAUGUUGUGGAUUCGCCAAAGGCCGGGGCAGACGCUGGAGUGGGUCGCGAGUGUCAACAGCGGUGGCGGCACCGGCUACGCCGAUUCGGUGCGGGGCCGGUUCAGGAUCUCGAGGGACAACGGGCAGAGCUCGGUGACGCUGGCCAUGAGCAGCCUCAGGGACGAGGAUUCCGCCGUUUAUUUCUGGCUCCGGGCGGCCGUGACCCUGCUGGAGUCCGGGGGGGACCUCCCCCCUGGCGGGUCCCUGCGCCUCCUCUGCCGAGGCUCCGGCUUCGAUUUCGGAAAAUUCGGGAUGAGCUGGGUCCGCCAGAGGCCCGGGCAGGGGCUGGAGUGGCUCGCGGGGAUCCACCCCAGCGGCAGCACCUUCUACGCGCCAUCGGUCAAGGGCCGGUUCACGAUCUCGAGGGACAACGGGCAGAGCUCGGUGACGCUGGCCAUGAGCAGCCUCAGGGACGAGGAUUCCGGAUCCUAUUUCUGUGCCAAGGGUGCUCAUAAUGGCGCUGCUGAUAACGAUGCCAAUGGUUUUGUCGCCACCCCCACGGUUUUGUCCUACCUUGGCCCAAAAUCCCAGAACCUUCUCCAAACCCCAGCCCUUGACCUUUGCUCUCAACUCUCCCCCAUUUCCACCCAUGGUGACCAAUGA